AUGGCGGCCGACUGUCGGAGAGGCUCGGGGCUCGAAGAAGAGGCGCCCCGCCGCGGUCUGUCGGCUCGGGGAGCCCUCAUAGCCGGCGGCGCCACUGGGCCGCUGGAGAAGGGGUUCGACAUGUACAUCCGGGACCCCUACGACGCGGAGCGCAACCCGCAGGGCAUUUUGAAUUUUGGAACAAGUGAGAACAAGCUUUGCUUUGAUUUAAUACAGGGAAGGUUCACAAAACCUGACAUGAAUUAUCUAGAACCUCAUUUACUGCAGUAUUCCGAUACACAGGGCAUUAAAAGCUUCAGAGAAGAAAUUGCGAAGUUUCUUACUGAAUAUGCAAAAGCUCCAUCAGCACUGGAUCCAGAACAUAUCACUGUGAUGAAUGGCUGUUGUGCUGUCUUUGCUACUCUUUCAACUGUAUUGUGUGAUCCUGGAGAUGGGUAUCUAAUUCCUGCUCCAUAUUAUGGUGGCAUAAAUUCCAAAACCUGGCUGUAUGGUGGAAUGCAACCUGUUCACGUGCCCUUGUUCAGUGAGGUGACUAAUGAAGAAAGUCAUCCAUUUCAGUUAACAAUUGAAAAAUUAGAAACUGCACUUAAGCAAGCCAUGGAGCAGGGCAUCCGAGUCAGAGCAUUAAUCCUGAUCAACCCUCACAAUCCAUUAGGGGACAUUUACCCAGCACAAUUACUGAAAGAAUGUCUAGAGUUUGCGCACAGAUAUAAAUUACACAUAAUAAUGGAUGAGAUUUACAUGCUGUCUGUAUAUGGUGAUGCCACCUUCACAAGCAUCCUUAGCUUAGAUAGUUUACCAGAUCCUGACCGGACGCAUUUUAUGUGGGGAUUUAGCAAGGAUUUUGCCAUGUGUGGUGUCAGAGUUGGCGUAUUAUAUACCAAAAAUGACGAAGUCAGGAAAGCUGUUAAUAAACUGGCAGUUUUUCAUGGAUGUCCUGGACCGGUGCAACAUGUUCUCAGCCAGUUUCUUAGUGACAGAGAAUGGCUGGAUAAUGUGUUUUUCCCGACCAACAGAAGAAGGCUUAAGGAAGCUCAGAACAUUCUUGUGGAUGGUCUUGCAGAGAUAGGAAUACCAGUUCUUAAAAGUUCAGGAGGAUUAUAUGUCUGGGCUGACUUCAGAAAAUUCUUAAAGUCACAGACAUUUGAAGCUGAAAUGGAUUUAUGGUGGAAGCUUCUCCAAGAAAAGCUUCUUAUUAGUCCCGGGAAAGCCUUUUCCUGUUAUGAACCUGGAUGGUUUAGAUUGGUCUUCUCUGAUUCAAUAGAUAAGAUUUACUUGUGUAUUCAGAGACUUCAGCAAAUGCUACAUGACAAGAUAGAUGAAUCCAUUCCCAUAUGUUCAUCUCCUCCUAUAAAAAAUGAGUAUCCUGAGUCAGAUGAUGAACCUUCUAACUACAUGAGCACUUCAGUGGAUGAUGUUUCGGAAGGAUGUUCGCAUCGGAAAAAAAUAGCUGUUUUUUAAGAAACUUGAAUACAGACGUUUCAUGUUUUUUAUCAACAUGUGAUUGUAACUUCACAGGCACGCCUUUCCUUCAUUUGCAACUUGUAGUUACCAA